GACGGGGUUGGUUUAGGAGAUCAGGAUGGAUAGUGAAAAGGUUUCUCUCCUCGGAGAUUCUGCUCCGUCCAGUCCUAUUGUAUCAGUGGUUCAACCUUUAGUACAGGAGCAAGCCAUGAUGACCUCUACUCCUCUUCUGGUUCCAGCAAUAGAGGUUGAGGCUGGAACUCCGGAGCAAGUUUCUCCGUCCCGUCCUAGGCUAGACCUGGAUCCAACCAGACUCGAAUCUCGUCUUCCUCAUAGUGGGAGCAAACAUAGUCUUAAGACGUUAGCUCAUCAUCAGAGAAAGAGGGAGACCCGGAGACAGAAAUCCUCCGCCCAGCUCCCUGCUCAUGGAGAGGUUCAGAGGAUGGAGCAGAGUCUGCUCAAGCUCCUCAAGGAGUUCAACACUGGAGAGCUCAGAGGGUUCGACUCCGCCUACAGUCUUGAGCAGAUGGAAAGUGUUAGGGAUCAACAAGAAGCUUUAGCUCGGAAACAUUUUGAGCUGGGAGCUCAGCAGGAUCUUCAUCCGCUCCUCUCCGAUGAUGGUUUAAAGUUGGCAAGUGAGAAUAUGUCUCAGCUCAUCACUAGUUUAGAAAAGAUAAGCCAUGCUAUCGGAAACCUGAGUUGUCUGGACCGGAUGGUAGACCCUGGUAUCCGGGUAGUGGAGGAGAUAGACCGAGGUCGGAGAGGGGAGAGACCAAUCCUAACCCGGGGAGAUACGGAUAGAAGUUCAAGAGAAGAAAGUUUACAGUUCUCUCGAAGGUCUACGAUGUCAAACCAGACCAGCAGUUCUAAUAUACAAGAAGAGGAGCCUAGAUAAAUAUACAUUCCGAUCAAUCCUUUUCAAUUCUUAUCUGUUAUUUGUAUAUUAAAUCUUGCGCUAGAUUCAUACUGAAAACAAAAUUUUAUCUGUUAACAAAUUUACAUCUAAAGUUCUCCUUAUUUUAAUUUACUAUUUCAAACUGGCAUAUAAUUUUGUAAUUUUUCUGACUUAAUUAUGCAGUUUGUAGAUUGUAGGUGUACUUCUUUUUAUUGUCAAAACUUGCGUCUAUAUUUAUUUGUAUUAUAUAUUUAAUAUAACGAUGGAAUCCUUGACGACGUGUUGACUUUAGAUAAUGAUUGUUGAUCGUCUCUUUUUCCAUAUAAUCCUACCGACAAAUGUAAUUAAUAACUGUAUGAUUGUAUGCCAAUGAUACCCCAUCAUCUGUCAGUCUUAAAACCUUCACAGAGGAUUAAUGUUUUCUAUAUUUCAGA